AUGAGCGAAGCGCUGAUCAAUCUUAUUGCGACCUCGAUCGCGGCCGUCGUUUCGGCUUUCAAGGGACUGCUGGUGCCGAUCAUCUUUUUUUCGCUGCUCGCUUUGCUCAUGCGGCGGAAAAAAGCACUGGGCGACCUGCGCCGGGCCCUGCCUGAAAUCCACCUCAACGUCAAACUCAUGCUGUUUGACGCGAUGUUCAUUGUGCCGAUGAUCAUCAUUCUCGGCACAUUCCUGUCAGAACUCGUCCGUGACAAUGGUCUGAGCCUCUUAUCGCUGGACACCUGGUCGGAACUGCCGGGUUGGCUGACAAUACUGAUCGCAAUCGCGAUUGCCGAUUUCGUCGGGUAUUGGCGGCACAGGCUGGAGCAUACCUGGGUCCUCUGGCCUGCGCAUGCGGUGCAUCACUCCGACACGCAGAUGACCUGGAUCGCGGUGCAGCGCUUUCAUCCUAUCAACCGGUUCACAACGUUUGUCAUCGACAAUCUUGCGCUUUUCCUCCUGGGAGUUCCCCCAUUCGCAAUCGUCGCGAACGGCCUUGUCCGGCAUUAUUAUGGCGCGUUCAUCCACGCGGACCUGCCAUGGACCUAUGGCCCGCUCGGCCGGAUUUUCGUGUCGCCUGCCAUGCACCGCUGGCACCAUGCGACCGACCCAAGGGCCUUCGACACCAAUUUCGCAACCGUAUUCUCGCUCUGGGACCAGAUGUUCGGCACCUGUCGUGUUCCAGGACCCUGUGACGUUCCCACGGGUGUUACGGACAACAUGAAGCAGAGCCUUCGCGGUCAACUGAUCUAUCCCUUUACGAAAAAGGCCUAUCCGCAGAUUUUCGGCAAAUCGGAAGCGGCGACCGAAGCACCUGCCCCAGAACAAAAUGAUGUUUCCGCCGGCGCCCGCAGGCUCGAACAAUAA